GAGGACUGUUGAAUGUUGUAAACCAUGUGUGACUGUCUUCCCUCCAGCUCCCUCUACUUUGCUCUCACCAAAUUUCAACAUUUAGGUUUUCCCAAAUCCAGUCACAGACCACAAACCCAACAAAUUCCUCACUUUUCUACCCAAAAUUCCUUGAAUUCGAACUCCACAUCUCAUAGAAAUGCGACGACUUUGUGCCUCAGCAGAAGGGCCAGUCAGAGCCCACCAGAGGCUUCUGGGUUUCAAACCCAAUUAGGGUUUAAGGAGGAAAGUGAAGACCUUUUCGACCUGGAAUCGAAACCAAGGGAUGAAAAGCCAAAUGGGAUUGGACCCAGUAAAGAAGCCAAUGCUACUUUACUGGGUUCGGAUUUUCAGGAGCCGAAGAGUGGUGAAGGUGAGGAUAUGAAAGAGGAUGGAUUGAAACGCAUUGAUGAAAAUGUUGGGUUGAAGAAAGUGAGGCAGUUGAUGAAGAGGUCGAGUAUUCUAGCCAAGCAAGUGAUCAGUAUUGAAAGUGCUCUCAGCUUGGGAUUUGUUUCACAGCUUUGGGUCAAUACCACUUCUUGGAUGGUAAUGUUUGUAGAAGUGAGGAGAAACUUGCUUUCAGGAGAGUGUGAACGUUUUCCUCUGGAGGAUGUUUUCCAGGUUGGUGAUGUUGUGCUUGUGGAGGAUGAGAGUGUGAUUCAGAAUGAUUUCAAAAUGGUUGGAUUGGAAACAUUGGUAGGAUACGAAGUUGUAACACCAGGCCGACGAACUAUUGGAAGGGUGCGGGGAUAUAGUUUUAACAUCAAUUCAGGGGCUGUUGAAUCACUUGAGCUUGAUUCAUUUGGCAUUGCACUUAUCCCGUCAAGUUUGGUGAGUACAUAUGCUUUGUUUGUCGAGGAUGUGCUUGAAGUUGUAUCUGAUGCUGUCAUUGUUCAUGAAGCUGCAGCAUCUCGUAUAUACAGGCUGACUAAGGGUUUCUUGGACAACCAAAACGCUGCAACUUCCAUAGAUGACAUUGAAGAGUAUGCCGAAUUUGAAAGACCUGUAGAAUCUGAUAAGCGCACUAGAAGAAGUACUGGUAACCAGAAGUUUCAAUCUGGGAAAAGCAAGACUGACGAUGAUUGGGAACCAGAGCUCCCAAUGGAUUACUUCUGAGCUCUGAUGAUCUGGGACUUUGUUUCUUUGUUGUAGAUAUAUACAUAGAUGAUAGUAGGUUUGUCUGUGGUAUUGCACUCAAAUGUAAUAUGUUUUAGCUUAAGAAAAUAGUGAAUGGCAGCUUCAAACGUGAAUGCCAUGUCAUGAUAGAACUGUGAGUUUUAGGUACGACUCUUUAGUCUCUUACAGAAAUAAUAGUUAAAUUUCUGAAAUGGUGUGAUACUUAUUAAAUAGUUAGAUUAAGCAA